AUAUAUGCAUACAUACGAAUAUAAUAUAUUUAUAAUAAAUAUAUAAUACUAUAUUUAUAUUAAAAAUAAUUAAAUAUUGAAUAAAAUAUUUGUUUGCUUUUAAGAAUAUUUAACGAUAGCAUAACACACAAAUUUGGUUUAUAUAUUAUCGAUGUUAAUCUUUAACCUGACCUCAUUUAAUCGAACGAUAAAUUUCGUCAACCGAGAAAAAAAUCUUAUGAUUACGUACAUACAUGCACACGUGUGGUCCACAAGUUGAUUAAAAGAAGACUUUGAACAUAUACAUCUACACAUUUCCAAAUAAAUUUGUCGUUUCAGCAAAAAGUUAGUCAGUCUCUCGCGCAUAUCUCAUGCAUCAUACAUGUUUUUAAAUAGUAAAUCGUCGCUUGUUGGUCAAAAAUUUAGUCUUUGAAGUGCGAUCUUGACGAAAAGCUAGCAAUACUAGCAAGACGUUACUAGUAACGUUUUCUUCUCGAGUAAUCGAUUCAUAAAUCAGUGAUGGAACUCUUUACUUUGAUCCUUAUCCUCCUCGCGGCAUGUGUUUGUCUGCAUUAUUUUAUCCUAAGCAAGCUGUUAUAUUUCAAACGACAGAAAGUUCCGUAUAUGCAACCGAUUCCGUUGCUAGGUAACAUGGCACUUUUUAUUUUUCGGCGUAUGUCUUGGGUAGAUAUUAUGCAGAGGGCAUACAACCUCUUUCCGGACGUGAAGUAUUUCGGUUUCUACGAUUUUGUAACGCCGGUGUACGUGAUCCGCGAUCCAGAUCUCAUCACCGCGAUCACCAUCACAAACUUUGACAACUUCUGCGAUCACCGCAACUUUGUGAACGGCAGCGACGCGAUAGUCAACAAAAAUCUGUUCGACUUACGGGGCAAUGAUUGGCGCAAGAUGCGAAAACUUCUCAGUCCUAGCUUUACGUCUGGCAAAAUCAAGAUGAUGUUUGGAUUGGUAUGUGAAGCCGCUGAUAAUUUUUCGAAUUUUCUGGCGACAGAAUCUGGAAAAAUUGGCAAAACUUACAAUAUGAAGACAACAUUGUGCAGAUAUGCUAACGAUGUAGUGGCCACGUGCGCCUUCGGCAUCAGCGUGGAUUCAUUUCAGCAUCCGAACAAUGAAUUUUAUGUAACCGGAAUGAAAAUUUUUAACUUCGAUGGCAUACAAUCAUUUAUGAUUUUCCUAAAUAGAAAUUUUCCGCUGCUUAUGAGACUUCUUAAAUUAAAAAUGUUUAGUCCAAAGGUGUUAGAAUUUUUCAAAAACGUCGUCAGCGAUACAGUGAAAAUCAGAGACGAGCAAGGAAUUUAUCGUCCGGACAUGAUUCAGUUGAUGAUGGAGACUAGAAACAAGGAUCACGGAUCUGCAUUUAAUAUCGACGAGAUGGCUGCUCAGGCGUUUCUCUUUUUCUUAGGUGGAUUCGAUUCCGUAUCAACGAACAUGUGCUUCCUGACGCGUGAGAUUGCUAUUAAUCCCGAUAUUCAGGACAGACUGAGAGCGGAGGUCGACGAUGUUCUUAGAAGGACCAAUGGCAAACUUACUUACGAAGUCAUCAACGAUAUGAAGUACUUGGACGCCGUGGUAAAUGAGAAUCUCAGACAGUAUCCGCUACUGACCGUCCUCGAUAGAGUAUGCGUCAAGGAAUUUGAACUGCCACCUGCGAUUCCGAAUGGCAAACCGAUCACGGUAAAGCCCGGCACUAGUAUCUGGAUACCGAAUCACGCUCUGCAUCACGAUUCCUAUUAUUACCCGCAGCCGGACAAGUUCGAUCCCGAUAGAUUCUUGAAUGGCGAUGUGAACAGUUCGGUCUACAUGCCGUUCGGUAUCGGGCCCAGAAUAUGCAUAGCUAAGAGAUUCGCUUUAAUGGAGAUGAAAGUCAUGUUGUUUCAUCUAUUGUGGCGUUGCGAUCUCGAACCCGAUGCUAAAACUAGAAUUCCCAUGGUAUUCAGCAAAAAGGCUUUUUUCAUGACAGCGGAGGGAGGAUUCUGGUUAAAAUUGCGAGCGAGGAAAUCGAAGGCUCCUGUUGCGCAUGAAUGCUUAUCGAACGGACAGAGAGUUCAGGACGGAGAUAAAUUGUAUCCAUAAUUUAUAAGAUUCACUUCAAGUAUAACACCAUAAAGAAGGUACUUUGUAAGUUAUCGUUUUAGGCAAGUCUAGCCUCGUAGUUUUUCUUUUUUCUUUUUAAAAAUUUGAUAUAAAAAAAAGAGUCAAAAACUCUCAUUCCGUAUAUUGUAAAGGGCAAGUGUUGCAGUGUUUUUGCUUUAAUAGAUGCAAUUAUUUUUAUAUCAAAUAUCUGUUUAUAUUCGGACAAAAUAUGUUUUAUAAUCAAUAUGGUGUUAUUUUGUUUAUACAAUUAUUGUAAUAAUAAUUACUGUAGUUAGUGUUUUUAGGAAAC